AUGGGCAGAAAGAGGUCCACCGUCUCUACCCAACCCCAGCCUAACCCCGUCCUCUCCUUCCCUCCCAGUGCCGAUCACCAGUUCACCAGCUCCAUGGAGACCAAUGUGGUGAUCCGCUGCGACGGGCGGAUCAGGUGGGACUCCCCGGCCAUCACCAAGAGCUCCUGCAAGGUGGACGUCUCCUAUUUCCCCUUUGACGGGCAGCAGUGUCCCCUGACCUUCGGCUCCUGGACCUACAACGGCAACCAGAUCGACCUUCUCAGCAUGCAAGAGACGGGGGACCUGACCGACUUCGUGGAGAACGUGGAGUGGGAAGUGCUGGGGAUGCCUGCCCAGAGGAACGUCAUCACUUACGGCUGCUGCUCGGAACCCUAUCCAGAUGUCACCUACAAGCUGGUGCUGAGGAGGCGGGCUUCCUUCUACGUCUUCAACCUUCUGGUGCCCUGCGUCAUGAUCUCCUUCCUGGCCCCUCUGGGCUUCUACCUUCCGGCAGACUCGGGCGAGAAGGUGUCCCUGGGGGUGACCGUUCUUCUGGCCCUGACCGUCUUCCAGCUGCUGGUGGCUGAAAGCAUGCCGCCCUCCGAGAACGUGCCGCUGAUUGGGAAGUACUACAUUGCAACCAUGACGAUGAUCACCGCCUCCACUGCCUUGACCAUCUUCAUCAUGAACCUCCACCACUGUGGCCCUGGGGCCAGGCCUGUCCCCAGGUGGGCCCGCAAGUUCAUCCUGCAGUACAUGGCCCGCAUCUUCUUUGUCUACGAAGUCGGGGACAGUUGCAAGAGUCCCCCGCAGGAGCCGGACCCACUCCCCCAAGUCCAAAGGGCCAAUGGCGAGGAAUCCACGGGGAGAGGACUCCCUCCCCGGGAGGCCCCACAGUUCCAAGGGCCCGGCCCCAUCCCCAAGGAGGUGGAGCCCGAGGAACAGCCCCCUUGCCCCAGAAAGACCUGCUGGUGCCAUCAGGAGAGCAUCCUUCAGAACGUGGACUACAUCGCCAGCUGCUUCCGAGACCAGAAGGCAACUUCCAAACGGAUGGGCGAGUGGAAGAAGGUGGCCAAGGUUAUGGACCGCUUCUUCAUGUGGACCUUCUUUGCUAUGGUGGUCAUCAUGAGUGUCCUCGUUAUGGGCCAAGCUGUGUGA